AUGAGCCUUUCCGGGUCUGUAAGAUUUCAAGGUCGCUCUUUCAGUCCGGGUGUCAUCGUCACGGAAGUGCAUAAGCGAUCUGGUAUGAGUGACAGCGCUUAUGAAGGGUUCCUCGAAAGAAGUAAAACUACUCAUGCUCUUGGACGUGUAGGAGAACCAUCUGAAGUAGCUGAAGCUGUGUUGUUCCUCGCUUCGGAGAAGAGUUCAUUCACUACUGGCCAGCUGUUGAAGGUGGAUGGCGGCAGAGGAAUUAUGCAUCCUCGUUGA